CCUGAGCGAAGGUAACAGGUUGCGGUGGCUGCGGCGGGAGCGGGCGAGCUCUUCCCUGGAUCCCGGAGUUCCCAUCGGGAUCGCUCCCGGCCCCGCCCCGGGCCCGCCCCCGCUGCCCUUUGGCCACCUGGAAAAAUUCCCGAUUUUCCGCCGGCGCUGCUCCCUGCUCAGGAGCCCGAAUUCGGCCCGGCUCCAUGGCGGAGCAGCCGCUGGACCACGGCGUGCAGAUCCGCUUCAUCAGCGACCUGCGGGAGCCGCGGCGCCCCCCGCGCUCCUCCCGCGGCCGCGGCGGCUCCUACGGCGUGGCCGUGCGCGUCCAGGGCAUCGCCGGGCAGCCCUUCGUGGUGCUCAACAGCGGCCAGCGCGGCGGCGACAGCUUCGGCGUGCAGAUCAGAGGGGGACACCCCGAACCGCCGCCGAGCGCCCCCAAAAGCCGGCCCCACAGCGGCUCCGAGGAGGAGGAGGGGGAGGCUUGGGAUGGGGGGAUGCGCGGGGGGCGCGGGUUUUCGGAGCAGGAGGAUUCAGGGGGAUUUUCAGAGCAGGAAGGUUCAGGGGGGUCGCGGGGGGUCCCCAGAUCCUGGGAUGAGGAGCUGAGGAAGGUCCCCAAAUCUUCGGCGGAGGAGCUGCGCCGAUCCCAAUCGCACGGGGACCUCAGCGCGCCUUUUCCCAAGAGCGGGGAAACACCGGGAAAAAGGGAUGCGGAAAUUCCCAAAAUUCCCGGGGAUGUGGACACGGAGCCGCUGCGCUCCGUGGAUUCCCUGAUCACCAAAUUCGACGGGAAUUUGCCCCGCGGGCGAGCGGCGCGGAGGUUCCGCGGCCCCGGGGCGGCUCCGAGGAAGCGCUCGCAGAGUUUGGAUGCGCGGAGUUCCCGGGAAUCCGCCCCGAUCCCGCCCCAAAUUCCCCAAAUUCCCGGCGGGUUUGGGGGCGUGGAGGAGCAGAGCGUGGAGAUGCAGCUGAAAUCCACCCCGGACCUGCUGCGGGACCAGCGGGAAUUGGGGGGCGGCGAAAACCCCACCGAGCUCAUCUACAGCAUCCUAAAGGAGGGGAGUUCCGAGAGCGAAAUUUCCCUGAAAAGGAAAACCUCGAGGCUGCUGGGAAAAUUCCAGGAGCUGGCGACUUCCAUGGUGGCUCCAGACUCGCCGCAAUCCCAAAUCCUGCGGGAGGCCCUGGACCGGAAAUCCCAGGAGCUGCAGCGGAGCCAGGCCCAGCUGAGCGAGCUGAGAGCCGCCAAGGAGGCGCUGGAGGCACGGCUGGGCCACCUUGAGGGGCAGCUGCUGGCCACCGAUCCCAAAAGUGACCCCGACACACAGGACCUCUACCAGGAGCUGCAGGAGUGCCGGGAGCAGCUGCAGGAGGUUUUGGGGUCGCGGCGGCGCCAGGAGCGGGAGCUGCAGGCGCUCAAGGGGGCCCUGAAGGCCGAGGUGGCCGCUCACGAUUCCGACCUGGAGCGGCUCCGGGGGGAGAUGGAGGCGAUGCGGGCGGAGACGGAGCGGGUCUCGGAGGAGAAAUCCAGCCUGGAGCAGGAACGGGAAAAUUUGGGAAUGCAGCUCCGGAAUCUGCGGCGGGAGCUGGAGGAGAGCGCGGAGGAGACAGAGCAGUGGCGGGAAAUGUUCCAGAAAAACAAGGAAGAGCUCCGGAAUUCCAAGCAGGAGCUGCUGCAGGUGCGGCUGGAGCGGGAGGAGUUGGAGGAAGAGCUCCGGGAGCUCCAGGAGCGAUUCCAGGCGGCGCGGGAGGAUCGGGACCGAGCCCGGAGCGAUCCCCAGGAGAUGGAAAAGCUCCGGAAGGAACUGGAGCAGGCCCGGAAGGAUCUGGAAAAGCUCCGGGGGGAGCGGGACGAGGCUGCUCAGGCCCAGAUUUCCCUGGAAUCAGCGCUGGAGGCGUCGGUGGAGGCUCGGAAAGUUCUGGAAUCGCGGCUGGAGGAAUCCCAAGAUCAGCGGGAAAACUGGGAACGGCUCCAGGAGAAAGUGGCCGAACUGGAGGCAGAGCGCGCGGCGCUGGCCGAGUCGCUGGGAUCCGGCGCGGAGCGGGAGCGGGAUUUGGGAUCGCGCCUGGAGCAAUCCCAGCGGGAGCUGCGGGAUUUGGGAUCGGCCCUGAGCGAGGAGCGGCGCCGGCGGGACCGGCUCAGCCAGGAGCUGGAGCAGAUGACGGCGGAAUCCCAGAGCUCCCUGGCCUCGCUCCGAUCCCAACUGGAAGAAUUCCAGGAAAAAUCCCGGCGGGAACUCACGGAUUCCCAAAAAAUCGCCCAAGACCGCGAGGCUGAGGCAGAAAAAUUCCAACAGAACCUCGGGAAGCUCCAGGACGAGGUUUCCCGGCUGAAGGAGACGAUCCAGGAAAACCGGGAAGAGCGGGAUCGGAUCCUGCUGGACAAGGAGCUGCUGCUGCAGAGGCUCCAGGAGCUGGAGCAGGACCUGGAAAAUCGGAAGCGAUCCCAGGAAGAGCGAGCUCGGCAUUCCAAGGCGCUGGAGGAAAAAUCCAAACGCCUGGAAUUGGAGCUGGACGAGGAGCGGAGCUCGGUGGAGCUGCUGAGCGAGAGGGUGACCCGGAGCCGGGAUCAGAUCGAGCAGCUGCGGGCGGAGCUGCUCCAGGAACGUUCGAGCCGCCAGGACCUGGAGUGUGACAAAUCCUCCCUGGAGCGCCAGAACAAGGAGCUGAAGAACCGGCUGGCCGCUUCCGAGGGGCAGCAGCGACCCGGGAACAGCCGCAAUUCCCAGCUGGAAUCGCAGCUGGAAGAGCUCCGGGAGCAGCUCCAGGCCGAGGAGAGGGAGAAGAGUGUCCUGCUCUCGUCCAACCGGAAGCUGGAGCGGAAAAUCAAGGAAUUGUCGCUGCAGCUGGACGAGGAGCGGCAGAGCAGCAGCAACCAAAGGGACCAGCUGAGCCUGCGGGUGAAGGCCCUGAAGCGCCAGGUGGACGAAUCCGAGGAGGAAAUCGAGCGCUUGGAAAACGCCCGGAAAAAAUCCCAGCGGGAGCUGGAGGAGCAGCAGGAGCUCAACGAGCAGCUCCAGCGGCGCCUGAAAUCCAUGGAAAAGGAGGCCUGGCGCCGCGCCGUGGACUCGGCGCUGCAAGACGAGCGGCUGAGCUCGGACGAGGAAUUCGGGUCCGCAGCCAUCGCCUCCCUCCUGAGCGAGGCCAACCUGCAGGCCAGCUCCUGCUGAGCCCGGGAGGGAAUGCCGGGAAUGCCGGAGUCAUCGUCAUCGUCAUCAUUGUCAUCAUCAUUGAGGCUGGGAUCGGUUCCAGGAUCGGUCCCAUCCUGGGACCGGUUCCGGGCUCAUCCCUGGGAUCAGCCUCCUCCUGCUGAUUCCCGGGAAUUCCGGAGCUGGGAUCGAGUCUGGGAUCAGCCCUGGGGUCAGCCCUGCAAUUCCGGCCGGGAUCAGCCCCGGGCUGCGGCUGCUCCAUAGGAAAAAAUUCCCAAA